AUGGAGAACAGCAAUAAAAUAAUACCUCCUCAUCUAAACGCAGAAGUUUACAGAACGGAUACGACAGGAACUAGUACGCAGUCGUAUUUGGAUUAUAUUCGACUUCAUCCAGAUGGGACAGUGUUAAUUGGGUGUUCAGAAUUAACAGGGCGUUACUGGAAUGGUGGUGUAAACAUAUUUAAAAAUGUAGAAAAUGAUGAAAAUUGCAUCAAAUCGGCAAAAAAGAAUAUAAGCCUAACACAUGGUACUGCAGAUGGUUGUUUUGUGGAUAACUCUAAUAGUGUCUUCUUGUGUGAAGAUAGUGGUGCAGUCAGUUUAUGGACUACUCAUGAAGAUGUAUGGAAACAAUGGAAUGAAGAAUUAUCAGUUGCAGAACAUGAUGAUGCUAUACUUGCUGUUGACUGUUUGAAUCCUGGUAAAGAAUAUGUUACAGCUGGUGCAGAUGGAAAUGUUAAGGUAUGGGAUCUCUGUGACUUGAUCUGUAUAAGAAACUACAGCUUUGCUCAUACAAUGGCUGUUAAUACAGUCUCUGUGAGAUCUAAAUCACUCACAAAUUUUGCAACUGGCUCAUUAGAUCAAUUCAUAAGCUUAUGGGAUGAAAAUAUAUCUAAACCUGUAUGUGAAGUUAUAGAAAAUGACUGUGCUGUUCGUUGUUUAAAAUGGCUUGAUGAAAAUUAUUUGAUAUUUGGUGAUGAUGCUGGUGUUUUGAGUCUAUUGGACAUAAGAAUGCCUGGGGCCUCGACCAAAUUGACUGAGUUUCCUGCAGCAGUUCACCACAUAGCUGUUCAGCCUGAAUUACGUAGAAUUGCAGUAUGCUGUGACAAUAAAACAUUAACCGCCUGGGAAAUCAUUGGGAUA